UGGUGCAACCAGCUCUCCUCACAGGUGGAGCAUCGGGCUUUCACCCUCAAAGAGGAUGACACCAUAAUCAAAGCUCACGCUCGGUUUGGCAACAAGUGGGCCACCAUAGCCCGACUCCUUUUCGGCAGAACCGACAAUGCCAUUAAGAACCACUGGAACUCCACCCUCAAACGGAAGUGCGCCUCCAUGAACUCCAUCGACGAUCCUCACUUCGCGCAUCCACUCAAACGUUUCAUUAGCGUCGGCGCCGCCAUACUCGUGUCAACAGUGGUGGUGAGGUACUCGUUGCCAAUGGUGAUAGCGACGACGAAGAUGGCGGGUAGGAAGGGGAGGAUGCGGAUGGAGAGCCAGGAGUGUGCAGUGGAGAUGUUGGAGCUGAUGUUGGCGACGCAGGAGUUCUCGAGGGAGACAAUGAAAAAAAUGACGAAAGCUUGGAGGAUUCAGGGUUAGAGUCAUAGAUCUUAACCUUGCUGAUGAGUGUUUUCGAUUAACCCUUAAAAAAAUUGCAGCCUUUGAAUGUGUGUGCAGAAAAAACCCAAUCCAUUCAAGUGGUGAAGUUAACGGCAGUGAUGGCUGAUGGUGAUAGUGGUGGUAGUGCUGUUGAGUCGCGAUCGACAUCGAUGGGGGCGUGUGCGGCCGAAAGGGUUAGGGUCACAGCUGAGGAGGAGGGUGAGACGGUGGUAUUGAGCGGUAAUGUGGUUGAUGUUGGGAUUGGGUCACUCAGAACAUUGAGAGAGAGAAGAGGGGGGAGGAGAUGAUAGUGGUAGUGGUGGAGAGAAUGGUAGUUUAGGAAUUUUAUUUAAUUUUUUCGGGUUUGGAUAAUUUUGCUUGUAAAAACCAUUUUUUAUGGGUACAAAUGGUA